CGGAGGUGCACAUCAACUUCCUGGGUCGACCGACCUUCCGCUUUUUCGAAGCGGAACUCGAACUUGCCACCGUUGGUGCUGGUGACGAGUACGGGAAGUCAGCUAAACAGAUCUCCGCUGCUGAAGGUGCUCCGAGCAUCCGGAGAGUGAGGACGAGCCUAUCCGUGAGAAUUGUUUUGUGUCACUGUACAAGUCAAAAUGCAGCCCUCGUUAGAACAAAGAAUUGCGAUCAAGUUUUGCGUGAAACUUGGAAAGACCGCGACGGAAACGGUUGCUAUGAUCAAGUCAGCUUAUAAAGAAGAUGCCCUGUCAGAUCAGCAAGUGUUUCGGUGGCACAAGGCCUUUUUGAAAGGCCGGGAAGAGGUCGACGACGAGGACCGUGCCGGACGGCCAUCCACGACCACCACAGCCGACAAUGUGACACGAGUGAGGGAAUUGUUGCACUCAGACCGACGAUUAAGUGUUCGUUUAAUGGCCGAUAUGCUAAAUAUUCCAAAAACUCAAGUGUAUGGCAUCGUCACGAACCAUAUCGGCAGAUAACUGGACGUUGCACCACGCUCCGGCCCAUGCCGCCUUUAUCGUCUCCGACUACUUGGUUAAAGCAGGGGUGCCAACGAUUCCCCAUCCCCCGUACAGCCCGGUCAUAGCUCCCCCCGACUUCUUUUUGUUUCCACGAGUCAAAACACCCAUGAAAGGCAAGAUUUUCAGGACAGUAGACGGAAUCAAAAGAGCUUGUACGGCGGCAUUGAAGGAAAUUCCGGAGAAGGCCUACAGCAAUGCAUUCGAGAGCUGGAAGACUCGCUGGAGCCGAUGUAUUAACGCAGAAGGAGCCUAUUUUGAAGAUUUUUAAUCAUUUGUAACGAGCAGUUCAAUAAAUGAUUUGUAAUCGACUUACUGACAUUACUUUCAGGACAUACCA